AUCGAAUUCAACAAUAUCAAAGGAAAGCUCACAAAUUGUGAAAAGAGGUUGGUGUCAAUUGUCGUUACAUGGUUCCCAUAUUACUGCAUCUGUUCUGCACAGAACGAUUGCAACGAUUUUACCUAUACAUUUGAUUAUGUUUGUAUUCUCUGUUUCCCUCUUCUUCUGUUUCUCUUGAAAUUGACAUGUAAUAACUUCCAUCUCCUUCUCCGUCAACUUUCCCUCGUUUCCUAGAUUUAUACGCCUCCUUUUCUUCGCUCGCUGCGCCCUAUAUAACAAGGAUGGCCACUGCUGUAUUCCACCAAACAGCUGGAACUCUUCAAUCCCGCCAGUUUAUCAACAAUUCUGGGGUUAGUGACCUUGGAAACUUUUCAGUUAGGUUGUUUCCUAGAGGAGUCAAGGUUGACAUUAGACUGUCAAAGAGAGGGAAUUAUGGCUCUGUAGAGAGGAAAUUUGGUGUAAUUCAGGCCUCUACCUCUUCAACUCCUGUAUUUGAUCCUGUUUCAUCUCCCUCAAAUGACAACACUCAUGAAUCUCGGAAGAAAUCAAAUGAAGCAGCUUUGAUACUCAUUCGCCAUGGUGAGUCUUUGUGGAAUGAGAAGAACCUCUUCACAGGUUGUGUUGAUGUGCCAUUAACCAAAAAGGGUGUGGAAGAAGCAAUUGAAGCUGGUAAGAGAAUCAGCAAUAUACCUGUCGACCUAAUAUUUACAUCAUCACUGAUUCGCGCACAGAUGACAGCUAUGCUUGCCAUGACUCAGCACCGCCGCAGGAAGGUGCCAAUUAUCAUUCGCAAUGAGAGUGAUCAGGCAAGGACGUGGAGUCAAAUAUACAGUGAAGAUACCAUAAAGCAAUCAAUUCCAGUUAUAGCAGCUUGGCAAUUGAAUGAAAGAAUGUAUGGGGAAUUACAAGGUCUCAAUAAGCAGGAAACAGCAGAUAGAUUUGGGAAGGAAAAGGUUCAUGAAUGGCGCAGGAGUUACGACAUACCUCCACCCAAUGGUGAGAGUCUGGAAAUGUGUGCUCAAAGGGCUGUUGCCUACUUUAAACAAAAUAUCGAACCUCAACUUCUAUCCGGAAAGAAUGUAAUGAUUGCUGCCCAUGGGAAUUCAUUAAGGUCUAUCAUUAUGUAUCUUGACCAAUUAACUUCCCAGGAGGUUAUCAGUUUAGAAUUAUCAACUGGUAUACCAAUGCUUUAUAUUUUCAAAGAGGGUAAGUUCAUUAGGAGGGGAAGUCCUGUGGCCCCAACAGAGGCAGGAGUAUAUGCUUAUACUAGGCGUUUGGCUCUUUACAGGCAGAAGUUAGAUGAGAUGUUGCAUUGAUGCCAUUCAAGGGGCUUUUUUCCAUUGCAUUGCCACAUUCAGCUCUAUCCAUGUUAUAUUUAGGUUUAAGGAGUGAAAAUGCAUUCGUCGAAAAGCUGGUUUGUUGUAGUUACAUAUCUGGACAUAGUUGAAACAUGAAAAGAUUAGCUACGGUUCUUGUGGAUUUUUUUUUUUCUUCUUUUUGAGCGAGUCCCUACCCAUAUCUGUAUUUCAGGUUAGACCCAUAUGUUUGUGUGAGUCUGACCGAUAGCUUGGUUCAAAAUCUUGUAAGAGACAGAAAUUAGAAAAAGUUUCCCCUUUUGUGGUGACGAUAAUGAUUUCAUUCUUGGGUGUUCUUGUAUAGAGGAAAAAUAAACCCAAUGAACACUA